UAAUUUUAAAGGAUUAAUGGUAAGAUGAGGGUAAAUCUUUGUCCAAAAACAAGGAUUUAUACCAGAAACCUUCAUGAUUCUCUCCUCAAUUUGGUUCCAUUAUUGUUUGCCCAAUUCCUGGCUUAUUUUAACCACGUUUUCAUAGAUGUACUUACCAAAGGGCCAGAAGAAAGAGUCCUAUGAUAUUGAGUUUGACAAAAUGCAAGGAAUUAUUGACAGAUCUGACAACGAAGAUAAAGCUAAUAAACUCAACGAAGAAUUGACAAGUCUGAGAAACAACAUUGAGCUCUUGAUCCCAAGGAUUGGCUUUACUGAGAUCGAAGACAAGAUCAGAGAUCCUGUUACUGAAUACAUUAAGAUCAAAGACAAUGAUGAGGAUUUCUUGUUCGAAAAGCUUAGCAAUGCCAUUCCUAAACUUACUGCAAUUGUGGGAAGGAUUUUGAUGAACAAUUUUUCCUAUUUCUCGUCUAAAGAAAGUGAUAGAAGCAGGGAAAACAAAGAAAAUUCAGAUAGGAUUGUUGAAGAAAUUGAAGUAAAGAUUGAAGCAGCAGGAGGUUCUCUAAAGCAAGAAUAUAUACAAGAGUAUGCUCAAUACGAGAAAGAUAACCAUUUCAUUCAAAAUGAAUACGAGAUUAAGGCUAGUAUGAAAUCACUAUCAAAGGAUAUCCAGAAAAGAGCUUCUGACAUUAACAAAUGCAUCAAAGAUACAGAGGUCAUGGAGAAGAAGCAGGCUAAGUACAUGAACUAUGGGAAGGCAAUAGACUUCCCCUUCUACAAUGCUCUUCAAAAGUUCAAGGAUAAGGGUGAGGAACUCACUUCUGAAGACACCAAAGUCAUUCAAAGAGAGAUCGUAGAAGAACUCCAUAAGAGGAAGGUAGACAUUGAAGCAAUCAAGGGUCUGUACUAUGACGAAGAAGAUGGCAAGAUUGUAGAAAGAGAAAUUGAUCAAGGAUUCGCUGAUAGAAACAAGAAUAUCGGCGUGGACAUCCUGAAGGGAGAGACAUUCGAAUUUUGUGACCAUGAGUGCACCUUCAAUACUUUCAGUGACUCUGUUGAGAUGAAAAUAACUGUGGAGAAAUUGGAAUCCCUCCUACAAAACUCUGGAAAAUCUAAACUCCCAGAUGAAAUCAAGUCAUUCUCUUUGAUUAUCGUUAAAGAUGAUCAUCAAGGAGAGAAAUUAGGCCAGAUAGAGGAGAACGAUGACGACAUACACCCUGAAGAGCAUGAAGAAGCUGGUGAUGAUUCAGAAGAAGAACACCCACCAGAUGAUUCUUCAGAUGAUUCAGAAGAUGAAGAUAACAAAGGUCAGGAAGAAGAGAAAAUUCCCAUGUUUGAUCAGAGGUAUCAAGAUAACGACUCAGAGCCUGAAGAUGCUGUUCAUAAAAUCGACAUGUCUCCAUUCCUGAAAGUUCUCCCCGAAUCUUUAGAGACCUUCACUUUCUCUUGCUUGAAAUACAAAGAAGAAGUUAAUUUGGAUGAGGUCUUUAAUCUUGGUGCUUUCUUCAAAGGACUUGUAAUGCUUGGAAUUAGGUAUUUUACCAUUAGAAGAAUCAACUUCACUCUUGAUGCUAAUGUCGAAAUGAUUAAGAAUGUAUUCAAAUCAAAUCUUGAAUACGAUUUGAUCAAAUACAUCAGUUUCUACGAGUGUGAGAAUGUAUGAAAGAUUGAUGAUGCUCUUACCGAGCUUGGAAAUUUGGACAAUCUCUCAUUUUCUCACUGUAAACUGGAUGACAACUGUGUCAACGACCUUGAAAAUAUCUUGCAAGGAUACAGGAACAAGAGUCUCAACACUCUGGGAUUAAACCACAACAAGUUUACAGAGGUUGGAAAGAAGAACAUGGAGAAAUGGGUAAAAGGAGAUGAAAAAUCUUUGCAUAUUCAGAAGAUCCAUCUGUACAACAACUGCAUCAAGCACCAAAGAGGUCAGAGCUUAUCGCUUUUAAAUACUAUUCAGGGGGAUUAUUAACCAUUUAAAAUAUUU